GUACGUCACACCCUGUUUUCCCUUUACCGAUUCUGCCCUCCCACAUUUUCUUUAAUGCGGACAUCUUCACAUUUCAUGCCCCCCAUCGGCCUAAUCACACUACGUUGCCGCCUCACCUUCAGUUGUAACGUUUGGCUGUGUCAGGCAGUGAACAAUAGCCAGACCCUUUCUUUCUGAGGGAUAUCGUCUCUGUUAAUUUAUUUCCACCUUGCUAACCUGUCAUCGGGUCCAUUAGCAGGUCGAGCCCACUCCUCAAAAGCAACGCAAAUCCGUUGCCUUCAGUGAAGGUGCAGUCAUCAUGGACACAAACGGCGAAGUCACAGAGGCUCCCGCUCCUCAAAUCACCACAGCCGAGAAUGAAGCUGGCACAGCAGACACCGCAGUCGACGAAGUAACCGAACUCUUCAAGGGCCUCUCGAAAAAGAAGAAGACCAAGAAGCCCAAGGACGCUGAGGCCGGUGAAGGCGACGACGCCCCUGCCACCGCCGAUGGCGAAUUCGAUCCCACUGCCCUGAAAAAGAAGAAGAAGAAGGUCAAGAAGGUCGAUGCUGGUGACUUCGAGGCCAAGCUCGCCGAAGCUGGUAUCUCAGAGAAGGCCGCUGCCGAGGAGAAGGAGGGCGAGUUGCCCGAGGGCGAUCUCGAAGCCGGCACCGGUAUCUGGGCCCACGACGCGACCCAGGCCAUCCCGUACUCGCUCCUCGUCUCCCGAUUUUUCUCCCUCAUCCAGAGCCACCACCCCGACAUGCUGUCCAGCGGCACCAAGUCGUAUAAGAUUCCUCCUCCUCAGUGUCUGCGUGAAGGUAACCGUCGUACCAUCUUCGCAAACAUCGCCGAUAUCUGCAAGCGUAUGAAGCGUUCGGACGACCACGUCAUGCAGUUCUUGUUCGCCGAAUUGGGUACCAGCGGCAGUGUCGACGGUAGCAGGCGUCUGGUCAUCAAGGGUCGUUUCCAGCAGAAGCAGAUUGAGAACGUCUUGAGAAGAUAUAUCGUCGAAUAUGUUACCUGCAAAACCUGCCGCAGCCCCGACACCGAACUCAACAAGGGUGAAAACCGUCUGUACUUCGUUACCUGCAACUCCUGUGGUUCUCGUCGUUCGGUUGCCGCCAUCAAGACCGGUUUCCGUGGACAGGUCGGCCGCAGAAAGAGACAAGGCUAAACGAGGUUAUGGCUGGGUGGGGGAUCUAUAUGGAGCCAGCUGUGGGAAGAUACUUUUCUUUUAUUUUUUCCUGUUUAUUUCCCCCAUUUUCGUAUAAACCUUCCUCUUCUACAUGGAUGAUGAUGAAAAAGUAUCGAAAUGUGAUGUCGUGAGUUAUGCAGGAUAUGGGAAAAUAGAGACAACGUGAAGAUCAGAAGUAAAGCUUGCAUGUCUGGGUACCACUUCAUUCUCAUUCUGUAAGGGCUAUCGUAAGGAUAAUGAGAUAAAAAUGCCAGCAAAGAUGGAUCAAGAC